AUGCUUGAACCGUCUCGAAAAAGGUUCCUGGCCUGGCUGAAUAGUCAAUACAUCUAUGGAAGGAUUCCUCUGCUUCAUACAAUAAUCCUAUUUGUAGAGCUAGCCAUGGCCGCCCGCCUGAUUGCCAAGUUCAAUUCCUACUAUGCUCAGAAACCGGUUCUGACGACCAUGAUCACGAAUGCCAUUCUUGGUGGCAUUGCAGACACGACCGCCCAGACAAUAGCAGCCUUCCGAACGAGACAGGCCCUCCUGCCUACGAGCGAUCCGAGAUCCUUCAUUUCUUCAGGUGUGGAAUUAGAAGACCUCAAUGAAAAGCCCGCAAGGUUGUCACCAGACCUGUCCCCCCGGCACACUGGUCCGCAACCGUUUGAUUUCGAGCGAUUGACAAGAUUCAUGUCCUAUGGCUUCCUCAUGACGCCGCUUCAAUUCCUGUGGUUUGGACGGCUCACAAAAUGGUUUCCUAUCACGCCGAAAAGUGGAACAGUGCCUGCAAUCAAACGGAUGGCCGUGGACCAACUCAUAUUUGCUCCGUUCGGUCUGUCCUGCUUCUUCACGUUUAUGACCGUGGCCGAAGGGGGUGGAAAGAGAGAAAUCUCCAGGAAAUUUCAAGAUGUCUAUCUGCCGACGCUGAGAGCAAAUUGGAUCCUCUGGCCUACUGUGCAACUAAUCAACUUCCGGUUGAUGCCUUUGCAGUUCCAGAUUCCGUUCGUGAGUACGGUUGGAAUCGCUUGGACAGCCUAUCUGAGUUUGACGAAUUCGAGCGAAGAUGAAGUCCUUCAGCGCCAAUGA